CGUGCGGAAAUGGAGCUACGCAGCUGGUCGAACGGGGCUCGUCUGCUGCUCCACCUGUCCGCCGCUGGUCACCUGGGCUACGCCGUAUACUACGACUACCGAUACGCGCAGUUGCCAAAAUUGGCGGUGACCCUGCGCCUGGAGCCACCGCUGUGGGGCAAAUUCAAGUACAUCACCUUUCUGGGUGGCCUGGUGCAGUGUGGUUACUAUGCCCUGGCGCUGACCUACGACCUCUUUCGGGUGCGAUCUCUGAGGAACCUGCGCGACUACAUAUUGGCCACCUUUGUCGUCCCGCUGGCCCUCACUGUGAGUCUGACCUUUUGGACACUGUACGCGAUCGACCGAAAUGCGGUUUAUCCGGAUCUGCUGGACUUAAUCUACCCGAGAUGGCUGAACCACGCCACGCACACCUUCGUCGUGGUCUACGCCCUCGCCGAGUUGGGCAGCACUCGCCACAGAUAUCCGGAACGCAGUCGGGGAUUCGCCGGACUGGCCGCCUUCAUGGCCGGAUACCUGGUGUGGAUUCACUACAUCUGGUUCAGGACAGGCAUCUGGGUGUAUCCCUUUCUGGGGGGCAUCGACUGGUACCUCCGCGUCCUCUUCUUCGCCUUGAUUAUGGUUCUCGGAUUUGUUUACUAUCUGGUUGGCGAGCACGUUAACCGAGUCCUUUGGGUGCGAACCACCGGUGAUCACAAGUGGAGUGGCAGCGAUUGAAAGCAUUUUCCGGCCUUAUAAUUGGAUAGAAUAUAAUUCAAUAUUUGUAUCUCUGUAAGUGAAAAUCAGCAAUAGUCCCAUUUUUACAUCUGCAUGCUAGGCUUAACAUCGAUUUUUAACAAUGAACUCAUUUUAAAUUGCAUUUUAAGGCGUUAGAAAGACACCCUUACUAAUUGUUGUGAUGGUCCUGUUUUUAUUCUUUAUUUUUAAAUAAAAUAUCCCUAAAAUUGUCUGUCUUUCUAAAAUAGUCUAGCAAGAAUUUAAAAACUAUUCAUAAACAUUUUGUACACUGUUUUAGAUUCAUAUUCGACAGUUGUUCUUUAGCAAUAAAUAUCAUAAAUAAAAUUACCAGAGUCUCGGGUCUAUAAUAAAAUAAAAGACAGUCGCCCAUCACAA